CGACCUUCCAUCAUGUCCGCCCAACCCUUGCCACCCCUCCCACCCAACUGGACCGAGCACAUCGGCCCCGGAGGCGUGAAGUACUACUACAAUGGCAUCACGCAGGAGUCCACCUACAUUCGCCCGCUCCCCGCGUUCCCGAUCCCCCAAGCUCCCCAGGCCGCGCCGCAGAAGGACAAACCUCUGACGAAGACCCCGAUCCCGGGGACGGACUGGAUACGCGUGAAGACGGUGCAGGGGAAGACGUUCUAUACGAACAAGGCCAAGAAGGCCAGCGUAUGGACGGUGCCCGAGGAAAUCAAGGACGCGGUCGCGGCGCUUGAUGCUGAAGAGGCGCAAGCAGCAGCGGGGAAGGCCGCCAGCAAGCAGGCGAGAACGGAUGAGGAGAAGCGCGAGGUGGCGCGCGUCAAAGCGGAGGCUCAAGAGGCAGCAAAGCGCAAGGCCGUAGAUGAACCCGUUGGCGAGCUGGUCGUGACCAAGAAAGCGAAGGUCGAUGAAGAAGAAGAAGAAGAGGAAGAAGGAAGUGACAGCGACGAGGAAGAGGAGGAAGAGGAAGAGUGGCAGCGCGAAGCAGCCGCACAGUUGGCCAAGGAGGCAGAGGAGGAACACAAGCGAAGGGAGGAGGAGGAGCGGAAGGUGAAGGAGGCGGAGGAGGCAGAGGUACGCAAGAAGCAGGAUGCGCAGCUCAAGAUGCCCGAGCACGUCGACCUAUCUGUCGAGGAGGCGAAAGCACUGUUCAAGACACUCCUCCGAGAGAAAGACGUAAACCCCCUCCACCCAUGGGACUUGAGCUUGCCACUCUUCGUCAACGAUCCUCGCUACGUUCUACUAUCAUCCGUCUCCGCACGCAAAGACGCGUUCGACGAAUACUGUCGAGAACGCGCACGAGAGCUCCGGCAACCCCAAGUUAAGAAAGAGAAGGUCGCCGCCAACCCGAAGGAGGAGUUCGAACGGUUACUCAAAGACGAGGUCAAGAGCACGCGCACCAGCUGGACUGACUUCCGACGUACAUGGAAGAAGGACCGUCGGUUCUAUGGCUGGGGCCGCGACGACAGGGAACGCGAGAAACGGUUCCGUGACUAUCUGAAAGAACUGGGCGAACAGAAGCGUGCUGCCGCGCAGAAGGCUGAAGCUGAUUUCAUUGCCCUGCUGCGCGAGAAAGCCAAUGUGCAGCCUGAUUCGAACUGGAAAGAUAUCAAGCGCAAGUUGUACGACGACCCUCGCUACGAUGCGGUCGGCUCCUCAUCACUACGCGAAGAACUGUUCAACACCUUUAAGAAGGCUGUCGGGACCGGCACUGUCGACAAGAAAGAGCAGAGCUCAAAAGAUAAGGAUGGCGAUGUAGACAUGAACGAGCAGGUAGAUGAGGCCGAGCUCGAGCGUCGGAAGAAGGAGAAGCAGGAGCGCGCGGUUCGCGAACGUGAAGAAAAGGUCCGAGCGGAGCGUCAGCGCAUGGAGGCCAACAUCGCUCGUUCACGGCAGGGCCUGACCCACGAAGAGGGAGAAACUCAGUUCAAGGUUCUACUCGUCGACGCUAUACGCGACCCUCAGGCCACCUGGGAAAGCUCGCAACCCGAACUUCAAAAAGACCCGCGCUUCACCUCCUCGCCCCUCACACUCAACCAGCAACUCCACCUCUUCCACGCCCACAUGAAACAUCUCCGCGACAAGCACUACGCCAGCCUGCACGCCCUCUUUACCGCGCACGCCCCUUCGCUCGCCACCACCUUCGCCGACCUCCCGCUCGACACGCUGACCAACUCCCAGCCCGUCACGAAGCUCGGCCUGAGCUUAGAUGCACUCCAGGAUGAGUUCGAGCGCUGGCAGCGCGAGCGGACGACUGCUGCGCGGGCGGCGUUCGACGAGAUGAUGGGCGAGAACGCAUUCGUGGAGUUCUGGGGUCGUUUGGGCAAGAUUGGCGGGGAGGGCGUAGAUGGGUUCGUGAAGGCGGACGAGAUGCCGGAAGGGGAGGGCGAGUUUGGCGGCGGCACGGUCGACAUGAAGAAUCUGGCGCGAAACGUGGAUGUGAGGGAGAUCGUGAAGGUUAUCAAGAACGACAAGAGGUAUCUUGACUUCGACCAUGUGCCCGAGCAAAGGGAAAAGUGGAUUAGAGAUUAUCUAGCGAACCUAUCCGCUCCACAGCUAUCUGUGCACCUUCAGAAGCGAUGAUGUAUCGUUCGCAAUGUUAGGCUGAUCGGAACUGUGCAGUGUGGUCUCGGUUGGGGCGGUGCGAAAUGUGGUCAACCAAUGCGAAAGUAAGUUAUCCUGCAAGGCUGUACGAAGUGCAACGCCUCGUAUACAGUCCGCUCUACCGG